AUGAUGCCAUCACUACAACAACAACAACAACAACAGCAACAGCAGCAGCAGCAGCAACAAAAUCAACAACACCAGAAGAGCAUCAACAAUGCCACCAUCACCUCGGCCCCUGGUAUCGCCUCUUCGUCAUCGCAGUUGUCUUCGUCUCUGCCUUCUUCGUCCUCCCCAUCUGUAUCUGCACCCACAGCUCGCCACUCCUUACCCUCUUCUAUUGUCGUAGCCUCGUCCUCAACUUCACACGCUGCUAUGCCCCGUGGCUUUUGGAAUAUGGACGAACCCACGAGAAACCGAUUGUUGAAGCAGUACCGUACGCAGGCUGCCUCUGCGGCGUCGACCCUCUUUGCAACGCUCUCUGUGACGCCGCUGGAAAACCUUAAAACUCGCAUGCAAACGCAUGAUUUUCGAGGCCUAACCGACUGUGCCCGCUAUAUAUGGCGCACGGAGGGCUUUAGAGGAUAUACUGCAGGAGCUUUACCGCCCAUGGUCAGCGUUACGUUUGUCCGCGUUACAAACUUUUCGGUGUACCAAAAGGCCAAAUACGCGAUCUCCGAUGCAUUUGAGAGAACCACCGGAGAAGCGCCGCUGGUGCUGUAUAAUACCCCAGGAAGCCUCCCCACAUUCUCCACUGUGACCUGUUUUACAAUAGCUGGAAUGGUUGCAGGACUUGCCGCCACGCCUCUUGCAUGUCCCUUCGAACUAGCCAAGAACGUCGUUCAAACUUCCGUCCUCAUGGCCAACAGAUCGCACGCCAUAACUGGGACGGCCACUAACCACCACACGUCCCUCCGCAACAUGCCCCGCCUAGGCACCAUUGACGCCAUAAAACAAAUCGUCUCCCGACAUGGCUACCGCGGCCUGUAUACGGGAGUCCGCCUGCACGCACUACGCGACACGAUCGGCACUGGCCUCUAUUUUGGCAUCUACGAGACGGCUAAACAGCUCAUCUCGACAUUUCUGGGGGACCACCAGUCGCCCUUUGGCGCGCCGAUGGCCGCAGGAGCGUUAUCGGGGAUUAUCCCUUGGAUAUGCACAUACACUUUAGACACCAAAAAGACACGGGCGCAGAGUAUUCUGCUGGGCAAGUCCAAGGAGAUCGGCGAGGCCUCGAUGGCUGCGGCGCGCUCGUCGAUGUACAAGGGUAUGUCGGUCUCGAUUGCACGCACCGCGUUUCAGAAUAUGAUCCUCCUAUCGACCUUUGAGUAUCUGAAGGUUCGGAUUAAUGAACUUGAGGCGUGA